ACGCGGGUGACGCGUUUUGCGCAUUUCCUGCAGCUCGCGCUCACUCACAGAUUCAGGAGCGAGUGGACGGGAAGCGAGGGGAGCGCGCAGAGAGCGAAAGGAGAAAAAAAAAGCGAAACGGGAGCGGAGCACUGGGAUGUGUUUGGGGUGCUCGUGAACCCCCCAAAAAAACCGUCAUUUGGGGGGGUGGGGGGGCAAUAAAAGGCACUGCUUUCCGAGGGUUACGCGCAAAUAUCGCGGUGCCGUGAGGUCUUAGGAAGGAGAUUAUCCAGGAGAGGAGCGAGUGAGCCGAGACGGGCUGGAAGAGGAGAACCAAUCCCGGAUGGCUAGGCGCGGCUGGUCGCGCUCUCUUCCACCUUGACCCGGGAGAGACACACGAGGACCGCGGGGAAGCUCCGGGACUUCACGUGAACGUGAGCCAGUCAACCUGCGUUUCUGAUCAGAGACAUUCAUACCCCGUUCUGUUUCCGCGGUAACAGGAAUUUUGUGUGGCUCACGAGACCGAUCGUAAACAAACAAGGCAGCCGCCUCGGUGGGAGAGCGUCCACCAGGAGACCCCUGAAGGGUGUGAGUCCGCGUUAUUUCUGCGUUUUUCAGUCUGCUGGGGAUCAGUCAGCUGCCCUGUUGGCGUCUCUGCGCGCGUGUGUGGAUAACGAGCUGGUCUGAUAUGGCUGUACUAGACUGAGAGUCCAAGGAGCCAGCGGCAUUAUGGGAUGUAGCAGGACUGUGCAGUGACCCCGCUCAUUGGAAGGAAACACUCUGUGUACAGGAGCAGGAACAGGCAGACUAGCCUAAACACACACACACACACACACACACACACACACACACACACACACACACACACACACACACACACACACACACACUCAUCCUUUUACGCACACACACUUCCCAGCAGCCAUGCCUGUGUUCAGUGGUCUGUUGAAGGUGCGGGUUUGUGAGGCGGUGGACCUAAAGCCCACUCCAUGGGCGCUGCGUCACGCAGUGGGGAAGAGCGGCUCCUUCCUGCUGGACCCCUACCUGGCUCUGAAUCUGGAUCAGACCCGACUAGGCCAGACCGCCACCAGAACCAAGACCAACAGUCCCGUUUGGCACCAGGAGUUCUGCACCGAGGUGCGUGAGGGAAGGAGCCUGGAGCUGUCAGUGUUCCACGAUGCACCCAUCGGGUAUGAUGACUUUGUGGCCAACUGCACCAUCCAGCUGGAGGACCUGCUGCAGAACGGAACCAGGCACUACGAAGACUGGAUUGACUUGGAGCCGGAAGGGAAGGUGUACGUGGUCAUUGAUCUGUCCGGAUCCUCCACUGAAGCUUCAGGAACCAACGAGAAUGAGGAGCGCGUGUUUCGCGAGAGGAUCGGCCCUCGCCGGCGACAGGGCGCCGUCCGUAGGCGCGUCCAUCAAGUCAAUGGACACAAGUUCAUGGCCACCUAUCUUAGACAGCCGACCUACUGCUCACACUGCAGAGAUUUCAUCUGGGGCGUGCUGGGGAAGCAGGGAUACCAGUGUCAGGUGUGCACGUGUGUUGUCCACAAACGCUGCCAUGAGCUGAUCAUCACCAAGUGUGCCGGCAUGAAGAAGCAGGAAGACACACCUGAGGAGGUGGGCUCACAGCGGUUCAGUGUUAAUAUGCCCCAUAAGUUCAGUAUCCACAACUACAAGGUCCCCACUUUCUGUGACCACUGCGGCUCCCUGCUGUGGGGCCUCAUGAGGCAGGGCCUGCAGUGCAAAGUGUGUAAGAUGAAUGUGCACAGGCGGUGCGAGACCAAUGUAGCUCCUAACUGCGGCGUGGACGCCCGAGGAAUCGCCAAGGUCCUGUCUGACCUGGGAGUCACACCUGACAAGAUCUCCAACACUGCGCAGCGCAGGAGGAAGUUGACUCCAGGGCAGGACCCUCCCCAGUCUCCUCCUGAGCACUCUCAGACUGAGGAGAACAGCUUCAGCCAGCCAGCUGUCCCCACCUCCCCCUCACAACAGGACUUGGCAGAGUUGGAUCGCCUGCAGGACGCGCUGUCGCUCAACCAGCAGGGACCUCAGCACUCUUCCUCCUCUUCCUCCUCCACCACCUCCUCUUCCUCGUCCUCCUCGGCAGCCAGGCAGAACGGAGAGAGCCAGAGGAGGAGCCUGAAGGAUUUCAACUUCAUCAAGGUUCUCGGCAAAGGCAGCUUCGGCAAGGUGAUGCUGGCGGAGCUGAAGGGGACAGAAGACGUUUACGCCGUUAAAGUUCUGAAGAAGGACGUCAUCCUGCAGGACGACGACGUGGACUGCACCAUGACCGAGAAGCGCAUCCUGGCCCUCGCCCGUCGACACCCCUACCUCACCCAGCUGUACUGCUGUUUCCAGACACGGGACCGUUUGUUCUUUGUAAUGGAAUAUGUGAAUGGAGGAGAUCUGAUGUUCCAGAUUCAACGAUCCAGGAAGUUCGAUGAGCCUCGCUCUCGGUUCUACGCUGCCGAAGUCACCUCAGCCCUUAUGUUUCUGCACCGUAACGGAGUCAUCUAUAGGGAUCUGAAGCUGGAUAACAUCCUCUUGGAUGCUGAGGGUCACUGUAAGCUGGCAGACUUUGGUAUGUGCAAAGAGGGCAUCAUUAACGGAGUCACUACCACCACCUUCUGUGGCACCCCGGACUACAUUGCCCCUGAGAUCCUGCAGGAGCUGGAGUACGGAGCCUCUGUGGACUGGUGGGCCCUUGGGGUGCUGAUGUAUGAGAUGAUGGCCGGACAGCCUCCGUUCGAAGCCGAUAAUGAAGACGACUUGUUUGAGUCGAUUCUCCACGACGAUGUCCUCUACCCCGUGUGGCUCAGCAAAGAGGCUGUUUCUAUUCUCCGAGCGUUCAUGACAAAGAACCCGGCCAAGCGUCUGGGCUGCGUCGUGAGCCAGGGUGGCGAGGAGGCCAUCAAGACCCACGCCUUCUUCAGAGAGAUCGACUGGGUACUGUUGGAGCAGAGAAAAGUCAAACCACCCUUUAAACCCCGGAUUAAGACCAAACGAGAUGUGAAUAACUUCGACCAGGAUUUCACCAAGGAGGACCCCGUGUUGACGCCCACGGACGAGGCCAUUAUCCGACAGAUCAACCAGGAGGAGUUCAAGGACUUCUCCUACUGCGCCCCCGAGGAGACGCAUACCUAACACAUACACAAAUACACACAGAUCCAGCCACACUAAACUCGGUAUGCACGCACUCACACAUGCUGACACUCCAUAGAUCCAUAAAAUCCCUUUACAAAUCACACACGCACACAAACACACACACACGGUCAGUCCUUUACUUUGAAGCUAUUGGCUGUUGUUACUUUUGAGAUAUAAUUUACUUGCAUUGUGUUGUUGUUGUUGCCUGGGUUCAUUAUGAAUAUGAAUAUGAAUUUAAAUAUGAAUAUGCACACGCUCUCACAAACAAACGCACGCACACAUCGACACGCUCACGUGCGUACAAACACUACAAUCCCAAGUUUUACGUGCCCUCGCGCACUCCUACAGUACAAGGUCACUGCACACGCUCAGACAAAACCAAACACACAUACACACACCUACACUGCUUCUCUCCCCGGCACCUGUACACAUGUGGACUGUGGGUGCUGGGUGCAGAGGCUUGUAUAUAGCCUGUGUUGAGUGGCUGUAUCGUGCUGGUGUUGUCUGCUAUUAAAGGAGCGUCGUGGCGCAUGGACAAGCACCCUACCUGUGUUAUUACUGUCCUUAUUGUGGACCAGUUAGGGCCAAAUCCCCUUUUGUGCAAUACCCUGACUAUCUAUAUAUUUUAUGGUUUGUUUGUUCAUGUGCGCGUGUGUGUGUGUGUAUGUGGUUUUUUUCUUCCUCAAAAUGUGUUUUUUUAAAUUGUUUUUGUUGGAUUAUGGUAUGACUGAAGUAUUCACUCAUUCUUUGUCCUUUGUGUACAAAGUGAAUGUCGAGCUUACGAGUUACAGGCUAUCGAACUAAUUAUGUCGAGCAGAGUGUUAGAGGCGGCCUGUGUAGCAGUGAAAAGCCCCAUUUCCAGCUAUUUCAUCCGUCUGUUAGGUUCAGAGAUUUGGUCUGCCCUUUUUGUGUGAAUGUGGGCCUUUUUAUUAAUAUUAUUGUUAUUAUUAUUAUUAUUAUUGUGAAUGUAUAUUUUCAUGCGUGCGAAUGUGUGAAUUUCUUUUUUCCCCUUUUCUGUCUGUUUUUUAGCAUUUCCAUAGCAACCGUCAGUGUUUUCCCUUUCCUUGCACUCUAUUUCAAAGCACCAAUUCCCCUUUUCCACAUCCAGCAGCUCUUUCAGCCAAAACCACACGCUUUAUUUUUUCUGACUUUUGCUCUUUAUGUUUUCAAGAAUGGCUUUUUCUUUCUUAUUGCUCUCUCUCGCUCGCUCUUUCUCUCUUUUUUAUUCUAAAUCGAAUUAUUAUUAUUAUUAUUGUAAAGUGUAUCUGGAGAAAUCCUUUGUGCAUAAUACUAUAACUAUACUAUUAUAGGUCUGUUACAGCCGGGUUGAUAAGACGUGUUGAGAGCCAGCAGCUGAAUUACCUCUCACUUCACACACACACACACACACACACACACACACACACACACACACACACACACACACACACACACACAAUAAGCACCAAUACAGACUAGCUCCUUUUCCACCUCCCCCUUCUUCUCACUUUCUAUUGUGCAGACACACACACACUAAACACAGAAGGACUGUUGCGUACUGUACAGUGAUCUGAAGAUGAGCUGGUUGCUCUCUGUGCAGUAGAGUUGAUGUGUAGUGAAGCUUUGUGCACCUGGUCACACUAUCUUACUCUGUGCCAAAAUGUAGUGCAACAGCCGGGCUAGUCCUGUCUGGUCUGAUUCCAAUAAAACACUGAGCUGUCUACAUCAA